GAAAGACGAAAGAACGGACGAGAGAACGCGAGGGAUUUCGGACGGACGCAGGGUAGUGGUGGUGGUGGUGAUGAUGAUGAUGAGGAGGUUGAUGGGGGCUUUGCCGUGCCAAUGGCCCGAAAACGGCAAAAAGGGGAGUAGGGGAGGCAAAACCAUACGAGAAUAUGAGUCAGUCUUCAAGAGACUUUGGUUGGCCUUCAAUCUAGCGUGUCCAAAGUCAGAAGAGGAAUUGGACUCUGAAUCAGAAGCGGGAAGGGAACGAGCAGCGUAAUCGAACUGUCUGACCGCAAAAUUGCCUCCAAUGAAAAUCUAAACCCUAAACCCAUGUGUGUUGGUGAGGUAAAGAACCCCGACGAAAAAAGUGUAUUGUGUGCUGGCCAACAAAAAGAGUGCGCAGGGUUUGAAUGAUAGUGAUUGUGACAUUUAACUGAGCUCCUCCCUCUUCAAAUUCGAGGUGUUUUGUGAAUAUUCAGCCAAGAAACACAUCAGACAUCAUGCUGAAUACAUUAUUGAGGUUGCUUUUCGGGGGUGUUGGGCUCGGUGAAUAACUCUGCCGCGAGAGUGAGAGUGGUGAACAACAAAAAAACAACGUAAACGAGGGAGGACGUGCAAGGAGCUUUUUUUCCCUUGAUCAAGUGACAAUGAACACCAACAAGUUUGGCUGCUUCAGUCGUUCCUUCUCCGAUCCUUAGAGCGUCUCAAUUUCUUUUCAUUGUUGGCCAUUCUUCUCCGGAUGAACAAAUCUCACCCAGUAACGUGGCCGUUCAUCUCGUUUUUCCACUGGAUCUGACUGCACGUUUGGUGGUGGUGCCAUGUCUUGAAAAUUCGCCGUCGUGGUCGCUGUGGUGAUUAUUAGUGAUAAUCAUGGAGACCUUUACCCAGACGACUCCGGAAAUUGUGGAGGACUCGGGCGGCCACCCAUCCGUUGGACUCGAGCCUGAAGUGUCCAUGAUGGAUUACGCCUGGAAUGAGGACAACAUUCAAAUUGAUUUCAUGACGGUGGAAGAUCUUCGAAAAUUGAUAGAGAAGUCUGGCGGAAAAUUCGAAUCGAAAAUCUAUAGUCAAUCCGUGACCUUUGUGGCAUCCAUGGCUCAGGAUGCCCUUGGAUCUCCGACCGAGACGGCAACCUUUCCCUCAACAUCCGAUUCCAUUGCUUUCACAGCCUCACCGAUCUUAACUGAAACGGUUGGCGUCAGAAAUAAUGACUCAGUCUUUCCAAGCUCCACACCUGAUCCACCCCUCACACUCAGUUUAGGGGCUUGGCAAAUCACCGAGGAGGACCUGCCCAUUUACGUCGGGAGCGCCGCUGGCGUUCUUAUCCUCGUGAUUUUACUCUUGGCCGUGACCACUUGGAGGUGUUGUAUUGCACCGGUGGCCACGUCACGCCGACGGAAUGAUAGUUACGACAAACAAAACGGCUCUCCUCGAAAUAAUAAUACUCGCGAUCCUCGUCAAAGUCAUGAGUCCUUGGUGUGCUUAAACGGUACUCGAAUCGAGAGUCGAAUCGUGAUUGCCACCGAACGCACGCCUAGACAUCCUGCCCCUCCGUCGAAAAAGGCCGCCUUGCUCAAGGCUGCCAAGAAGGAUCAGCAGAAUCAAUGCGACGGUGGUCCAGCUGGGUUCGAAAAGGACCCCAUGGCGUCUCCAGGCAAAGGCGAUCCUCGAUUCACCUCUUCAGUCCGGGAUAACCUUCAACAGCCCAUCGAUGAUUCUCUUCCCACCUUGCACGACACGAGUGACAGGCCUUCAGAUUCGUCGAGUGUGGAUGGGCCUGAUCUCCCGCUGAACGAGUCCUAUGUAAAGAUUCCUCCAGUUGACAACUUCUUGGCCUCCAUGACCACGGCCACUCUCACCAUGACGCCCAAUAGUGUCACCACGGUGGGCGAAUCCACGUUCCACACCUUUCAUCCCAACGGUGGUGGAUCGUCGCUAGGGAGUGGGGGAUCCCGGAGGUCAAGCCCUUCCAGUGACACAGUCACUCUGGAGCCAAUGACUUCAUCGAUCUCAGAGGUCUUGCCUCCACGGACAGUGCUCACGGAUGGUGGGGAUGCGUACCACCGGUUUCGCUCCUUGCCCAAUCGGAACAACCGGCAUCACUGCAUUGCCAGUAGUGCGAAGGAUGCAAUUAAUGGCAAUAUUGGAAAUGUCGGGAACAACGCCCAUAUGCCGGUUACGAUGAGUAAUGGAGGAGGGGGCGACUAUGUUCGCUCUCCACGCCAUCCAAUGGAAGGCGUUGCAGACUUCUUAGUUGGGUCCAGACAAGCUGAUGUGGAAGAUCUGUAUGCCAAGGUUGACUACAACUCCAAAGCCCGCAAUCGCAGUCCUUACAACAACUAUUAUCCCUCCCUGGAAGGCGGCAUGGUGGCCAUUGUGUCUCCUUUACCGGUGCUCAAGGAGAUGAACACCCCAACCCCCACUACCCCCGGGUCCUCGUCAAAUGGCGGAGAUCGAGAAAUCGCUUCUGGUGCAAUGAUUACAUUCGGUUCGGAUUGCAACAAGCGGAAAGCCAACCUGACCUUGCCCCCAUUCGAGCCGUUGAAGAUGAUGACCGAUAUUGGGGAAGAUAUGGAUGCGGACGAUUUUCGAAACAUCACUGUGGACUCGGGAGUGGUGAUUGAUGACCCCUCCCUGUUUUACAAUACUCGGACGAGUUUAUGAGAUCAAGAAUCAGAGUGCCUCAUCUAAGAUUGUCGGGAAACUUCCAGGAGGACGAAAUCGACGACCAAAAGCAACGACCCAUUUGUUGCGUACACUCCAUGCAUAUCGUCAUCAAUCCUUUUGUACCCUUUGAAGCGUCGUUGUCGCUGCAGUUGUUGUAAUGACGAGUCGGAUCUAUUUUCCAUACUCACAGAAGACUUGUUCCAAGCCAGCCAACCCAGGUUUCAUGGUUUCCACCUCAACUUGACUAACACCACAUAUCAGCACAACACCCAUUCAUCCAAAAGAAGCAGCAGCAGCAUCUUGCAAUAUCAAAUCGUUUUCCAACACAGGCACUCUGAUGAUCCCCAAAGCAAAAGCAACCCACGAACAUUCUUGUCAAAUCGAUCAUGUGAUUAUUCUCGUCAUUGAAAAUCUGGCCCUUCUAAGAAAAUGAGGCUCCACUCUCUCUCCUCUCCCAAGUUAGCGCUGUCCUCUUUCCUUCCCAUCCAUCACAUUUAAACUUUUCAAACGUCAAGAAGUAAGCAGGACUGCUCCAUGACAGCUAAAAUACUCCACACAUUAUAAAUGUAUCGUAUGCUCGGGCCUCCCUCCCCACCAACCCACCCCAAACACCAACCCGGUUUAUAAUCUCGAUCCAUUGUUGAGGCUCCAUAGCCUUGGUGUGACCUCGUAGCAACUUCAAUCGGCUUAGCCACAGUCUUGAACCACGUGUUGGCCUUUAAAUUACAAACCCCUCUCUUCGAGACCCAUUAUACUAUAUUAGGUUGUGAAGAUGAGCAAUAUCAUGAUCAGUGACACGGAAAGGAGACGAGAGGGCUUUAUUCAUUACAAUGGACCAAGCUCAAAAAGGCACCGCUAUAAUGGCUUUCCUGUUGCCUGCAUUGAAUUUGAAAAUCUGAACCGGAAUGACAGAGCGAGAGACCAUCCCAAACCCCACUACCCUUGGUACCAUGGUCCAAGUAAAAUCAAAAGUUGACCAUAUCGGACUUAAAUGUGUUGCGCGACCUUUUUGUGACCUGUUAGCGCAAAAACCCACCCGCUACCUGUAUGCUUCAAUGUUGUUUGAAAGGACAAGAACGCUUUUAUGGUGACACUCAAAAGUUGUUAACGAGUAAGACUGCUCGGCAGUGUUGCCAAAUCAUGUUACGUAGAAGACGAAUACGGACCUGGAAACUCCAAAGACAAGGCCUGAAUGAACUGGUGAAAAAUUAUCAUUUGAUGAAGAGUUAAUGUGCGUGUCCUAAGAAACAAUGUCCCUUGAGUGUGUGUACUAUUGGCCAAUGCAUAGUCAAAGUGAUGUAUUUCUAACAUCCCAUUGACCACUUUUGAAUGUCUUGAUGAAUUUGGUACUCUUCAAUACAGCACAGAGAAUAUCAGCUUAUUUUGAGACACCAAAGUGUUCUGGUUAUCAUUAUUAUUAUUUUCAUCAUCAUUAUGAAUGUGACAAAAUCAUUAUUAUCAGUAGCGUGCUAGCUCUUUUUAAUAUCUUCAUAUUUCUUCUUGCUAGACUCUUUCUCUUUACUCUUCUUACCCAUGAGUGAAAUAACUGUAAACCCACAUCCACACAAAACAAACCCUCAAUUCAACCAUAUCAAGCAACAUCAACAAAAAAAACAAGUUCAUUCCAUGCUUUCAAACUUUCCAUAGCCAAACUCAAGAUAAUCCAACUUGCCUUUAACCGCAACUCUUACAAUAUUUUCCUUUCAUCUGAUUUCACUACGGUCGUCACUACCAUGUUCAGUUACUAAGUAAUGAUGCGAGUACUACCGAUUUGGUCGUGACUCUUAUUAUCCAUUGGUUGUACUCUACCCUUGACCUCUAUGAUUCCUUUAGAUGUGCGACCAUGAGUUGUUCAUGUUACGAUCUUCGAUUUUUAACUUCUGAGGUUGUGACCCCAAGUGAUGACAUGCUCAUACAACUUAAUAUUUCAAAUAAAAACAAAACAACUUUA